GUUGGCAAAAAAGGCUUGUGGUUGGACAUGGUGGCAUGCCUGCAAUCUCAGCACUUUGGAGGCUGAGGCAGGAGCUUUGCCUGGAGUUCAAGGCCGGCUUGGUCCACAUAGUAAGUGCCAGUUUGCUUGCCUAAACUGGAUUUGAUACUCCAAACUACUGGAACUGCCAUUUUACAAUAUUGCAAUUGGAAAGAAGCACGUUUUCAAAUAAUGGAAACUCCUAAGACCUCUAAAAGUGAAAAUCAUGAACCAAAGAAUGUUAUUUGUGAAGAAAGCAAAACAGUUAAAGUUGUAACUAAUCAAAACUUGAAAGCUAGAAAUGAUAAAUCCAUAAAAGAAAUUGUGAGCAGCCCUUCAAACAGAAGUAAUAGUAAAAAAAACAAACAAAAUGAUACUUGUGUAGAGAAGACAGAAGUUAAAUCAUGGAAAGUGAAUGCUGCCAGUGUUCCAGGUCCUAAAGAUUUGGGGUUAGUUCUUCGAGAUCAAAGUCAUUGCAAAGCAAAAAAAUUACCGAAUUCACCCGUGAAAGCUGAAAAAAUACCUAGUUCUAUUUCACAGGCAAAAUUAGAAAAGGCACCAAAUUUACAGGCAAAAGCAGAAAAAGCACCAAAGUCACCUAAUUUACCAGUAAAGGCAGACAAAGUGCCCUGUUCACCUGCAACAGCAGCAGGAGCAGUAGGAAGGGCACUUAGUUCACAGAAGAAGGCAGAAAAAGCACCUAGUUCUCAGAUGAAAUUAGAAAAGGUGGCCAACAUGAGUGCAGCAGACCCAGAAAAGGUGUCCAGUUUACUUUUGAGAGAAAACAAGAGACAAAUGGAAUCACAACAAACUGGAAAAAAAAUUCCAGGCUCCUUUACUUCUGUGAACAAAGUGACUAUUGAAACUAUACACAGAGAAAAAUCUGCUCUUGAGAAAUUACCACAAUCUCAGAAGCAACAAACUCGAACAGAUAAUAAUGGUGAUUCUGAUGAUAGUGCUUCAGGAAUUGAAGACAUGUCAGAUGAUUCAAGGAAAAUGAAGAAUGAUGAAUCUAAUAAAGAAAAUUCUUCAGAAAUGGGUUACUUGGAAAAUGCCACUGUGAUAGAUGAAUCUGCAUUGACACCUGAGCAGAGGCUAGGCUUAAAACAAGCAGAAGAACGUUUAGAAAGAGAUCACAUCUUUCGACUUGAAAAACGAUCACCAGAAUAUACCAAUUGCCGAUAUCUAUGCAAACUUUGCUUAAUUCACAUUGAGAACAUCCAGGGAGCUCAUAAACAUAUAAAAGAGAAACGACACAAGAAAAAUAUUUUGGAAAAACAGGAAGAAAGUGAGCUUCGUUCUCUGCCCCCACCUUCCCCUGCCCACUUGGCUGCUUUGAGUGUUGCACUUGUUGAAGUUGCAAAAGAACAAGGAAUAACAGAUGAUGACCUCAGAGCUCGACUGGAAAUUGUGGAGGAAAUGUCAAAGGUUAUAACAUCCUUUUUGCCAGAAUGUUCACUUAGGUUGUAUGGCUCGUCUUUGACUAAAUUCGCUCUGAAAAGUAGUGAUGUGAAUAUAGAUAUAAAAUUUCCUUCCACGAUGAAUCAUCCAGAUCUUCUAAUACAAGUGCUUGGAAUUUUGAAAAAAAAUGUAUUAUAUGUAGAUGUGGAAUCUGAUUUUCAUGCUAAAGUUCCUGUUGUGGUAUGCAAAGAUCGGAAAAGUGGUUUACUUUGUAGAGUGAGUGCGGGAAAUGAUACAGCAUGUCUCACUACUGAUUUACUUGCUGCUCUCAGCAAAAUGGAACCUGUUUUUACUCCUUUGGUUUUAGCAUUUCGUUACUGGGCUAAGUUGUGCUAUAUUGACUCCCAAACUGAUGGUGGAAUCCCUUCUUACUGUUUUGCUUUAAUGGCGAUGUUUUUCCUACAACAAAGAAAACCCCCUGUUCUUCCUUGCUUACUUGGAAGUUGGAUUGAAGGCUUUGACCCAAAAAGAAUGGAUGACUUUCAGCUGAAGGGCAUAGUAGAAGAGAAGUUUGUGAAGUGGGAAUAUAAGUCAAGUAGUGCAACUGAGAAAAACUCAAUUUCUGAGGAAAACAAAGCUAAGGCAGACCAACCAAAAGAUGAUACCAAGAAGACAGAAACAGACAACCAAAGUAAUGCCAUGAAGGAAAAACAUGGCAAAUCUCCUUUAACAUUGGAAACACCAAAUCAGGUAUCUCUGGGACAGUUAUGGCUAGAGCUGCUAAAAUUUUACACACUGGAUUUUGCUUUGGAGGAGUAUGUCAUAUGUGUACGAAUACAAGAUAUUUUAACACGAGAGAACAAAAACUGGCCAAAAAGACGAAUAGCCAUUGAAGAUCCAUUUUCAGUCAAGAGGAAUGUUGCACGGAGCUUAAACAGCCAGCUUGUUUACGAAUAUGUUGUGGAGAGAUUCAGGGCAGCUUAUCGUUAUUUUGCCUGUCCUCAGAGGAAGGGUGGAAAUAAGUCUACAGUGCACUUCAAGAAAAAAGAGAAGGGGAAAAUAAGCAAUAAGAAACCAGUGAAGUCUGACAGUGUGGCAACCAGCUGUUCUGUUCUACUUGGGGAAAGCACAGAAAAAACAAAUACAGAAAGAGGUCAAUCUGAUAAGCAUGGUGACAUGGGAUGUACAUCACAGAGAUGUAUUAUUGACAAUGACCAUUUGUUGGUAAAUGAACAAGGUUUGGCUGACACUGGACAGGAAUCUUCAUCUCUCUCUAUUAUCAAUGAAGGCACUGAAUUAGAGCCAAAAUCAGUUGAGAAAGUUGAUGGUUUAGGGCCUUCAGAAACUUGUUUUGAGAAGGAUCUUGGCCAGUGUAAUUGCGUCAAAUCCCCUGAUCCAGAUGAGUCUGCUGGAACAGACUGCAGGUCAAAUUUAGAAAUAGAGAAUUCACACCAGAUUAUGUGCAUCGACACAUCUGCUACCUCUUGCAACUGCAAAGCUACAGAAGUUGCUUCUGACCUUAAUGAUGAUGAUAACUUACUCUCCCAGGAAUUAUAUUAUGUGUUUGAUAAGUUUAUUUUAACCUCUGGCAAGCCGCCAACAAUAGUAUGCAGCAUCUGCAAAAAGGAUGGUCAUUCAAAAAAUGAUUGCCCUGAGGAUUUCAGGAAAAUUGAUUUAAAGCCUCUGCCACCAAUGACAAACCGAUUUCGGGAAAUACUUGAUUUAGUAUGUAAAAGAUGUUUUGAUGAAUUAUCACCGCCUUUCUCUGAACAACACAACAGGGAACAGAUUUUAAUUGGCUUGGAAAAGUUUAUUCAAAAAGAAUAUGAUGAAAAAGCAAGGUUGUGCUUAUUUGGCUCUUCUAAGAAUGGAUUUGGAUUUCGUGAUAGUGAUCUGGAUAUUUGUAUGACCCUGGAAGGCCAUGAAAAUGCAGAGAAGUUAAAUUGUAAGGAAAUAAUUGAAAAUUUGGCGAAAAUUCUUAAGCGGCAUCCAGGUUUAAGAAACAUUUUACCUAUAACUACUGCCAAAGUGCCUAUUGUAAAAUUUGAACACAGGCGAAGUGGUUUAGAAGGUGAUAUCAGUUUGUAUAAUACAUUGGCUCAACAUAAUACAAGAAUGCUAGCUACUUAUGCAGCUAUUGAUCCUAGAGUACAGUACUUGGGAUAUACUAUGAAAGUGUUUGCUAAGCGUUGUGAUAUUGGAGAUGCUUCCAGGGGAAGUUUAUCUUCGUAUGCGUAUAUUCUUAUGGUGCUGUACUUUCUGCAGCAGAGAAAGCCACCUGUUAUCCCAGUUCUACAAGAGAUCUUUGAUGGAAAACAGAUUCCUCAGAGAAUGGUUGAUGGAUGGAAUGCUUUCUUCUUUGAUAAAACAGAAGAACUGAAAAAGCGUUUACCUUCCCUUGGAAAGAACACAGAAUCCUUAGGAGAACUUUGGUUGGGACUGCUUCGCUUCUAUACUGAAGAGUUUGAUUUCAAGGAAUAUGUAAUUAGCAUUCGGCAGAAAAAGCUAUUGACAACUUUUGAAAAGCAGUGGACAUCUAAAUGCAUUGCGAUUGAAGACCCUUUUGACUUGAAUCAUAACCUUGGUGCUGGAGUUUCUAGAAAAAUGACCAAUUUCAUCAUGAAAGCGUUUAUCAAUGGAAGGAAACUUUUUGGUACCCCCUUUUAUCCACUCAUUGGCAGAGAAGCUGAGUACUUCUUUGAUUCAAGAGUAUUAACAGAUGGAGAAUUGGCUCCUAAUGAUCGGUGUUGCCGUGUUUGUGGAAAAAUAGGCCAUUACAUGAAAGACUGCCCUAAAAGGAAAAGCAGUUUACUGUUUAGAUUAAAGAAGAAAGACAGUGAAGAAGAGAAAGAAGGGAAUGAAGAAGAUAAAGACUCCCGAGACCUUCUUGACUCCCGGGACCUCCAUGACACUCGAGACUUUAGAGACCCCAGAGACCUCAGGUGUUUUAUAUGUGGAGAUGCAGGACAUGUACGGAGGGAGUGCCCAGAGGUGAAGCUGGCCCGUCAGAGGAAUAGCAGUGUAGCAGCAGCCCAGCUUGUCCGAAAUCUUGUAAAUGCCCAACAGGUGGCUGGUUCAGCCCAGCAACAGGGCGAUCAGUCUAUAAGGACUAGACAGUCUUCAGAAUGUUCUGAUUCACCAUCUUAUUCUCCUCAACCCCAGCCAUUUCCACAGAACUCUUCCCAAUCAGCUGCUGUUACCCAGCCUCCAUCUCAGUCAGGAUCCCAACCUAAGCUUGGCCCAUCUCAGCAGGGAGCCCAGGCGUCCCAUCAAGUCCAGAUGCCUCUGUAUAACUUUCCCCAGUCACCGCCAGCUCAGUAUUCUCCCAUGCACAAUAUGGGAUUGUUGCCAAUGCACCCGCUCCAGAUCCCUGCACCAUCUUGGCCCAUUCAUGGCCCAGUAAUCCACUCUGCACCAGGCAGUGCUCCCAGCAGUAUUGGCCUGAAUGAUCCCAGCAUCAUCUUUGCACAGCCUGCUGCUAGACCCAUGGCGAUCCCUAGCUCCUCUCAUGAUGGACACUGGCCUCGAACUGUGGCUCCAAACUCUCUGGUGAACAACGGUGCAAUGAGCCAGGCUUUCGAGGACUCAAUCCUCCAAUUCCUUGGGAACAUGCACCGCGUCCCCAUUUCCCCCUUGUCCCAGCUUCGUGGCCUUAUGGUUUGCAUCAAAACUUCAUGCAUCAGGGAAACACAAGAUUUCAGCCCAACAAACCUUUCUAUACUCAAGACAGAUGUGCCGCCCGUUGGUGUAGAGAGCGUUGUCCCCACCCACCAAGAGGAAACGUGUCGGAGUAAUGCGAGUCCAUUUUCUUUCAGCUGGUCUACCGAUCCACAGCAACCAGCCAAUCCUGCUGUCUCAAGGGUAUCCGUACCUCAAUGUCAGUUACAUUCAGCAGAAAAAGUGACAUUAAAUGGAAAGCAAAACAAAUCAGGUCUUGAUUUAAAAUUUUAACACGUUUAGAUAGCUUAUUUAAAUUCUAAGACUGUUUUUAAACACUGUAUUAUUUGUAUAUAAAUAUGAAGUAUAGUUUUUACUAGUAUCACUAAAUUGAGUGAUACAAAUUUCAUCUAUUUUAUUACCCUAUUUUUAAGGGAAUUUUAUGUUUUGUUUAACCUUGAUGAAUUGU